AUAGGGGCUUGGCGCCGGCGCCAGCUGAGCAGCAGUGAGCCGGCCGACAGCGGGUGAGGAAGGGAUCCUACAGCCCAAGGAAGAUGUCAAGACGCAGUAGUCGUUUGCAAGCCAAGCAGCAGCAGCAGCUGCUACCGCCACCCCCACCCUCCUGUCAGAAAGAGUCUCCACAAGAGCUGCAGGCACCAGAGUCUCUCCAGACCAAGAAGAGGAGAGCAACAGAGGAUAUCCAGAAAGGAGAAGAUGAAAAGGUCAUUAAAAGACAUCAGUAUGAGAUUAAGAGUUGUUGGCCACCCACAAUAUCAGGAGGCAUCUCCCCCUGCAUAAUUAUUGAAACACCCCACAAGGAAACGGUAGCUACUGACUUUUCCAGAUUCAAGAAAUACAGAUUCAGAAACCUCUUCAUAAAUCCAUCACCUUUGCCUGAAUUUAGCUGGGGAAAUUCCAAAGACGUCUGGCUCAAUAUCCUGAAGAAGGAGAACAAAUAUGCUCACUGCAAACAUUUUACAUCGCUACAUUCUAACUUGCAACCACACAUGAGGUCAAUACUCCUGGACUGGCUUUUGGAGGUAUGUGAAGUAUAUAUGCUUCACAGAGAAACCUUCUACCUAGCUCAAGAUUUUUUUGAUAGAUUCAUGUUGACACAAAAGAAUAUCAAUAAAAAUAUGCUUCAGCUAAUAGGAAUUACCUCAUUAUUCAUUGCCUCCAAACUUGAGGAGAUAUAUGCUCCUAAACUACAAGAGUUUGCUUAUGUCACAGAUGGCGCUUGUAGCGAAGAUGAUAUUAUAAGAAUGGAGCUCAUUGUAUUAAAGGCUUUAAAAUGGGAACUGUGCCCAGUGACAAUCAUUUCCUGGCUCAAUCUUUAUCUCCAAGUGGAUGCUUUGAAAGAUGUUCCAAAAGUGCUGCUACCUCAGUAUUCUCAGGAAAAAUUCAUUCAAAUAGCACAGCUUUUAGACCUAUGUAUUCUAGAUGUCAGUUCUCUGGACUUCCAGUAUAGGACACUGGCUGCUGCUGCACUCUGCCACUAUUCCUCAGCUGAGGUAGUUAAAAAAGCUUCAGGUUUAGAUUGGGACAGCAUUUCAGAAUGUGUAGAGUGGAUGGUACCUUUUGUUAGGGUGGCAAGAAAAGCCCCCGUGAAAUUGAAGAGUUUUAAGAAGGUUGCAGUGGAAGACAGACAUAAUAUCCAAACCCACACAAACUACUUGGACAUGUUGGAUGAAGUGAAUUGUGGAGUAGCUCUAACAGCACCAGGACAAUUAUCUCCAGGGUGUAUCGGAGGAAUAAUAACACCCCCAAAAAGCACAGAGAAAAAGUGAAAGUAUGGAAACCACUGACAAGACAAAUGCAAUGAACACUCAGUGGUAGAAACUCCAAAGCAGGACAUUGUUUCAGUACAAAGCUACCCUAAAGCAGAGACUCAAUCUAAUCCUUGAACACUUUCUGCCUCUCAACAUCCUGUAUAGCAAUUAGACAUGUCAAACUGAGUAAUGGAUAGCUUUGCCUUUUGCAGACUUCAGAUUUAAGAAUUGUUAUGCAACCCCCUUCCCUCCCUAGGUUACACAGGAGGUUGGACUAGAUCAUUUGGUCCCUUCUGCUUUUAAUCUCCACUACAGGAGGAAUAUUAACUAAUUUAACCAACCUUUAAAUUAUGAAUAGUUCCAUUAUGGAUUUUUUAAACUUGUUUUAAAACAUCUUGUAGGAUAGCAGGAGAAACAAAGCUAUAUUUGUUCAAUGUGUUGCUUGUUAAAGCAACAGUGUACAAAUUCCCUAAUAGCAUGGUGACUAUUUUCUUGGUAUAGUCAGCUUUUAAACCUGACUUCAACAACAAAAAAGCAGCCCCCUUAACUGAUGUCACCUGUACCAAUACCACUUUUUCCUGGUUUGUAUGGUGCUUGCAAUAUCUAAAGUCAAAGGCCAUGUUUAAGUUGGAAAUUUAACCUGACUGCAUUUAGCAGUUUUGCCUACCUACCUUGAUGUUGGUGCAAGGGGAAUUACCAUUUGAAGCCCAGGUGAGCUUCUAAGGCCAAAAUAGCAUCUCUAUAUGGGUAGGGCUAGAUUAAAGCCUCUGCCUAGACAAGGCCUAAGUAAAGUGACAGAUUACUUUUAAAAUUGCUUUGGGGAAGGGCUGCUGAAGAGGUGCUAACCUGAACUUGUUCUAAGUCCUAAGUUUGACCUCAGGUAAAAGUAACAAGUUGCUGCUGAUGUAAUUUAACUGGAAAAAUAAUUGAAGGGAAAAUAUUCUACUACAUAUUAAGAGCUAAACAUGGCCCCUUUUAAAUGUAGAGUUCUUAGCUAGAACUAUAGUGGUUUUAGAAAGAGGUACACCUUGACUACAAGAAGUCUACAGCCACUCAAAGUGGAAGCAGUGUUUUAAUACCCCAUACUGUGUAGGUAUCAAUGUUUAAAACAGCAUUAACCACCCCUCUAUUCACUACCUCUGCUCCUGCCAUGCUUAGCUUCUGUUCUACAACAGCAAGGAGCAUCUUUUUGAUCAAUUACAUGCUUCAGGAAAUCUAGAGUAAACAAUUUUAUAGAACUCAAAGCAAGACUCUUGAUGGCAAUGUGUGAGCUGUGCUUAUUCAAUGCACAUCAUCACAAUAAGUAAUAGCCUCUAUGUACAUAUUUUUAAUCAACUGUAUUAAACUCAGCAUUUUCUACUAGUUUCUUAAUUUGAAGCAAUGAAUUCAAGCUUCAGCUGAUUUAAAGCAUUACAUAAGUUAGUAUUCCAGCUCUUCUGUAUAAUUUUGUAAGAUAAGGGGUUUUAUUGUAAUAUUUCAUCUAUUUUAAAAAAACACACAAUAUGCUUGUAAAUACGUAUUGUAUAAAUUUCAAAUACUCAACACAUGAGUUAAAUAAAGUGAAAUAUUUUCCACUCUA